AGUAAAUUCGGACCCCGCCGCUUCCCUUUCUCGCUUUCCCGGCGAAGUCAGACAUCGCUCCACGGCAACGAUGAAGCUCUGCGGGACUUUCCUCGGAGAGAGGAAAGGCUUUUGGAGAACACAGUUGAUGUAAACAGACGCAGGCGUUUAGAGCACGAAGGCUGGGUUGUUGUUUUGAAAACUGCACUGGAGAACCGAGGGGAUUUUAUGAUGAUCAUCAUGCUCCUAGGUCCAUCUUUGCUCGUUCGCUCUCUCGCCGGCUGCGAGAUGCUAGUGGACAUGUUCUGCUUCUGACUGAAAAGAGGUUGAAUAAGACGAGGAAGGAGGAGAUAUAUAUAUAAAAAACAAACAAAAAAAAAGGGCAUAACAUCGCCUUCAGCCGGGAAACUUUCUGAAUAUUUCUGGAAGAGGAUAAGAGGAUGCUUGCCGGGUUUACAGACCGACAGCUCGGCGGAUGUUUAUCCGGAGGGCAGCGCGCUCGGUGUUAGCAGAAGACGCUCCGGGCGCCGGGACGGGGCUCGCUCAGCCGCCGCGCUCCGCGGAGCUCUCUGAGAAAAUGAGUUUCGGGGUGAGCUGCUGAACCAGAGGUGGACCUGUGGGGAGAAGAUCAGCAGCUGCGAGGGAGCCGCCAGCCUGCACGGCACGUGCAUCAAGAUGAGUUUAGAAAACGAUGAUAAGAGAGCACGCACGCGAUCGAAGUCCGUCAGAGUGCCCACGGAGCUCAUCAGCCAGGAGGUGAGCUGUCCAACCCCAGGCUGUAACGGCUCAGGACACAUCCGUGGAAAGUAUGCGAGACACAGAAGUCUGCAAAGCUGCCCUCUAGCAAAGAAGAGGAAACUUCAAGAUGCGGAGGCCGAACACCUGGUGUCGAAGCGCAAAUCCCACCCGCUAAAGCUGGCCUUGGAUGAAGGCUACAACGUCGACAGUGACGGCAGCGAGGAGGCCGAGGUGAAGGAGGAGUCUGGCUCUGAGGAGUCAGAGGGAACGCUAGAGGAGGAUGAGGCGGAGGCGGUGGAGCAGGAGGAGACCCACAGCCCCGAGCGGGCAGAAGAGAGAAGCCCAGCAAAAUCAGCCCAUUACGGACAGAAACCAGCAACAAGUACGUCUGGGCCCAGCAAGGCCAACUAUAGCAACUACCAAGAAAUAAUCGCCAACUCUCUCCUAAACCUAGGCCAAAUAGCAGAGGAAACCCUCGCCAUCGAAGGGCAGCUGCCUGAAGCUGAGCUGCAGGUGUCCAAGCCGCCAUCCAAUGUUGUGCACCUGGUCCAUGAAGAUGCAGGAGAGGAGAUCGUGGAGGAGGAGUGUGACAAGGAGAUUAUCAUCCAGACUGAGGAUGCAGAGGAAGUCAUCGAGGUCACUAGUGAACGCAGCAGCGAGUUGUGUCCAGAGCACCAGGAUGACGUGAGCUGUGAAGAGUCCUGCAAGCUGCAGAAGGCCAUGCAAGCUGAAGCAGAGGAAGAGGAUGAGGAGGAUGAAGAUGAGGAUGAAGAUGAAGAUGAAGAAGAGGAAGAAGAAGAAGAGGAGGAGGAGGAGGAAGAGGAGGAGGAAGAGGAGGAAGAAAUGACUCCCGAAGUGAUCUGUGAAGAAGCUCCUCACACUUCUCAGGACACACAGAAAAGUCACUGUGAAGGGCAGUUCAGCCCUAAGCCCGAGUACUCUGUCAUCGUGGAGGUCCGGUCGGAUGAUGACAAAGAUGAUGAUGCCCACUCCCAGAAGUCAGCGGUGACUGACGAGUCAGAAAUGUAUGACAUGAUGACGAGGGGGAACCUGGGGCUUCUGGAACAAGCCAUUGCGCUGAAGGCUGAGCAGGUGAAAAUUGUGAGGGAGCCCAGCCGGCUGCCAGGAGAGCACGUAAAGCACUUCCAGGUCGACGAGAAGCAGAGCAAACCAUUGGACAGCAUCCGAAAGAGCUACUACGGCAAAGAUCCCUCAAGACCUGAGAAGCGAGAAAUCAAAUGUCCAACGCCUGGCUGUGAUGGGACCGGCCAUGUCACGGGGCUCUACCCUCACCACCGCAGCCUCUCUGGCUGUCCGCACAAAGACAGGAUCCCCCCUGAGAUCUUGGCGAUGCACGAGAACGUGUUGAAAUGCCCCACGCCAGGCUGCACAGGACAGGGUCACGUCAACAGCAACCGCAACACGCACAGGAGUUUAUCUGGGUGCCCCAUUGCUGCUGCUGAAAAAUUAGCCAAAUCACAUGAAAAGCAACAAACCCAGUCUGGUGAUCCUUCAAAGCCCAGCUCCAACUCUGACCGGAUCCUCAGGCCUAUGUGCUUUGUGAAGCAGCUGGAGAUCCCUCAGUACGGAAGUUACCGGCCCAACAUGGUCCCAGCCACCCCCCGGGCCAACCUGGCCAAGGAGCUGGAGAAGUACUCCAAGGUCACCUUCGAUUAUGCAAGUUUUGAUGCUCAGGUUUUUGGCAAACGCAUGCUUGCCCCAAAGAUUCAGACUAGCGAAACCUCACCUAAAGCCUUUAAAUCCAAACCUUUUCCAAAGGCCUCUUCCCCCAGCCACAGCCCCUCCAGCAGUUACGUGAAGAGCACUUCAUCUUCCUCCACAGGCUUUGACUACUCCCACGACGCUGAGGCUGCUCACAUGGCUGCCACUGCCAUCCUCAACCUCUCCACACGCUGUUGGGAAAUGCCGGAGAAUCUCAGCACCAAGCAGCAAGAGGCACCCAGCAAGUCCAUGGACAUUGAGGUGGAUGAAAAUGGGACUCUGGAUUUGAGUAUGAACAAGAACCGCAAGCGGGAGAGCACAUUUCCCAGCAGCAGCAGCUGCAGCAGUAGUCCCAGUGUGAAGUCCCCAGAUGUGUCCCAGCGCCAAAACAGCACCAGUACCACGAGCAGCACCAUGACCUCCCCCCAGUCCAGCCAGACCUCCCGCCAGGAUGAAUGGGAUGGACCCAUUGACUACACUAAACCAAACCGUCAGCGGGAAGAAGAGCCAGAAGAGUCAGAGCCUGCAGCCCACUCUUUUGCCUCCUCGGAAGCUGAUGAGCAAGAAGUGUCAGAGGAAAACUUUGAAGAACGAAAAUAUCCAGGGGAAGUUACCUUAACUAACUUCAAGCUUAAAUUCCUCUCCAAGGACAUCAAGAAAGAGCUGCUCACUUGCCCUACCCCAGGCUGUGAUGGCAGUGGACACAUCACGGGAAACUAUGCCUCUCACCGCAGCCUUUCUGGUUGUCCUCUUGCUGACAAGAGCCUCAGAAACCUCAUGGCUGCCCACUCUGCUGACCUCAAGUGCCCUACUCCUGGCUGUGACGGCUCUGGUCACAUAACAGGAAAUUAUGCAUCACACAGAAGUCUGUCAGGCUGCCCUCGUGCCAAGAAAAGCGGGAUCAAGAUAACCCCGACCAAGGAUGACAAAGAGGACCCGGAGCUGAUGAAGUGUCCGGUUCCUGGCUGCGUUGGUCUUGGGCACAUCAGUGGUAAAUAUGCCUCCCACCGCAGUGCAUCGGGCUGCCCCCUGGCUGCUCGAAGGCAGAAGGAAGGAUCCCUCAAUGGCUCCACGUUUUCCUGGAAAUCGCUGAAAAACGAAGGCCCAACCUGCCCUACCCCAGGCUGUGAUGGAUCCGGCCAUGCCAAUGGGAGCUUCCUCACUCAUAGGAGUUUGUCAGGGUGCCCAAGAGCUACUUUUGCUGGGAAGAAAGGAAAACUCUCAGGGGAUGAAAUUCUCAACACAAAGUUCAAGACCAGUGAUGUUCUAGAGAACGAUGAGGAGAUCAAGCAGCUGAACAAGGAGAUCAGCGAGCUGAACGAGUCCAACUCGGAGAUGGAAGCAGCCAUGGUGAAGCUCCAGUCGCAGAUCUCCAGCAUGGAGAAGAACCUGAAGAACAUUGAGGAGGAAAACAAGAUCAUAGAGGAGCAAAACGAAGCCCUGUUUCUGGAGCUCUCAGGGUUGAGCCAGGCUCUAAUCCAAAGUCUUGCCAAUAUCCGCCUUCCGCACAUGGAGCCCAUUAGUGAGCAGAACUUCGAUGCGUACGUGAACACACUGACUGACAUGUACACCAACCAGGAGUGCUACCAGAACCCAGAGAACAAGGACCUGCUGGAGAGCAUCAAGCAAGCCGUCAAGGGCAUCCAAGUUUAGUGCCCUGCGAUGGGGAUGGGUGGGCGAGCUGACUGUAAGGUGGAACUUUCCCUCCAAGUAUUCAGGUUUACAAGUUAUAGAACUUGUUUAAUGAAUGAAAAACAAAAAGCAAAACAAAACAAAAAAAAACCAACAAACACACAAGGACCAAAAUGUAACCAAGAGGCCAUUUCUGAGACGUGGAACUGAUCGAACUCGGUGUUCUCGUUUACUUAACUUUGGACCUUCUUGAGAAAAGUGGGAUUUUUCUACCUGGACCAUGAGGUAGACCAGGAUGGAAGGUCAAAUUCUCCAUGGGCUGUGGGGCUUGGCAGCUGGUGAAAGAGCAGGCGUCUCUCCUGAGUUGCCAUGCUUUUGCAGACUUGCUCCAAGGGUUAAAAUGUUACAAGAACAGGGUUUUGUCUGAUCCAAGACUAGCGUGUGACUGGCUUAAACCCUCAUGUUGUCUAUGGUCGUAUGUCCAGAUUACCUACUCACCCAUGAAUUAUGUUAUAUGUUGCUAUAAGUGCUGGAGCUGCAAGCUACCUGUAAAUCUGAACCUGUGCUGGGCCUCCCAACCCCAGGUUUUCAGAUAUCCACUGGGCAUGGGAACUCUUUAAGUAUUAUAAAGUAGCUUAUUUUUAUUUUCUGAAAGAAAUCUGAAGAGCAGUUCUGGAUCUCCAGUGGAAAGCGCAAUGGAAAAAAGGUUCUCAGGGAAGCUUUUGGAGUUUGCAACUACAGUAUUCCUUUGUCUGUCUUAAAUAUGAGAAUAGCUAUUAUGAAUAGGCCAAUACCAGAUAUUUCAUACAGAAGAAUUCUUAAUGUGUCAUGGUCCGGUGUUUAUGAUUUUUUGGAAGUCUGUUUGAUGACGGUUCUGGUUCUUUUCAUUAUUGUGAUCAUCCUUACAGUGGCGCAGUACUGCCAGUCCAGAGAUCAUACAUCAAUGCCAGAGAACGUUUGAGAUUGCGAUGAACUAAAAAAAAAAGAAGCAAACAAACAAAAAAAAAAAACCAACAGAAAGAGAUGCUAAUUGAUGGCCAGCAAAGUGCUUACCUAACAUGAAUCAGUGGUUGAUUUCUUGCAGAUAUCCACAGGGUGAUGGGUUUUUCUUGGUUUGGUGUUCUACGUUUUGUGCAAAAUCACAGCACAAGCACCAUUCUGGAGGAAAAAAAAAAAGAAAAAAGUGUUCAGGUAUUGGAUGUUCUUCCAAAGAAGCAUUCUGUAAGCUUGGUACACGCAAACCUCCUAGUGGAGUGAAGGCGACCCAAGGAAAUGAAGGGCAGCAACUCCUUUGGGGUCUCAACGUAGGUGUGUUCGCUUCCUGCAUGGCUCCUGGCAGCAGUGGGGAGGAUUUGGGUGGCCGAUGCUAAAGGGAAAGAUGUGGUGUCAUUUUGAGCCCAAUUCUGCAGAUAUUUAGGGUGUAAUCCGUGAUUUGAAGAGGUCAGUGGGGAGCUUCCCACCGACUACAGCAGGCAUUGCACCGGGAGCAGCGUGGCGCGGGUUGGUUCCUGCUGGGAAGUGCCAUGCUGAGCCAUUUGCAGGAUCAGGCUCCAUGAGUUCACCCAUUUUAGAACCCAUUCCAAGUGCAAAAAAUACAAAAGAAAGGGAAAAAUAAAAAAAAAAAUAAUAAUAAUUUGAGGUGUUAAAAACACAAUGUUCUUAAGAUGUAAAUAGAGUCCAAAUUGAUUGUGACUGCAAUUCACUUAGUAUUUAAAAGUAGAGAAAUUGCACUUCCUGGAAGAAAGAGAGGGGGAAAAAAAAAAAAAAAAAAAAAGUAGUUAGUUUAAUUAUCCUGUAAAUUAUUUAAUUUUGGCAAGAUGUAUGUAAUUUAUAUUUACAACACCUUAUGUUAACUUUUUUAUUUAUUUAACUUUUUUAUUUAUUAAUUUUAUACUUACUUUAAACUGGACACCGCACCAUUGAAAAAAAAAAAACAACCAUGAAGAUAAAAGAAGCAAAAAUUAAAACUUUUGACCACAAAAAAGGACAUUCCCCAAAAAAUUAAAAAAAAAAAAAAGAAGAAAAAAAAAGAAGAGAGAGAGAAACCUCUAUCUACGACUCCUACUUGUAAUUUUGAUGCAACCAAGUUAUUUUUUAUAUAUUUUGUUAUUUAUUCUUUUAACGAUGGGAAUUUUUUUAAAGAUAUUUUAUAACUGAGACCUUUUGAUAAUUUUUUGGUUUGUUUUUUUGCCGGGGAUGGGGCACCAGGGGAAGAGAGACUUUGUCAGUUUUUCUUUUCUUUUUCGGUCAUAUUGUUUCAGGCACUGAUAACAGGAAAUGAGAAUUCUGUAUUUAUUAUUUAUUUAAUAUUUAAGUCGGGGGGGGGGUUGAGAAAAAUGAACUGUGCUCUUGUUGUAUAUUUAUUUUGUUGUUUGUGUGUCGGUUACGUGAUGACUGAGUACUUGUUUAUGUGAAGGAAUACUGUUAAUAUUUAAAUAAUAAAGAGUCAAUUGAAAGUUAUAGCAGGCUACAUGUUAUUCUGUGAAAACGAAUACUGUGAUCUACUUUCCUCAGGAAAUGUAUUUUGCAGACAGAACUUCCUUAUGU